GAAAAACCUUUUUUAGAGGAAAAACGCAAGCUCGUGCGGGGGAGCAAUGAACGAAUUGGGUCCAAAUCUCGUCACAAUUUACGCUUUCAAAGGAGGCAGAGAAUACGUCACGAGAAUGAGAGUCACUGCACUUCGUGGAGGAUCCCAACGUAAUCUUGAGUUGUCGGUUACUGACAAAUACACUUCCGAAAAUUGGCAAUCAUCUUACGACACUGCAUAUAUCGAAAACUUGACACACAAGACCGGUAACUACAAACAGUUCGACGUAUUCGUGGCAAUGUUGCAAUCCGGGCUGUUGAAGACGAGCGAUUGCGUGACUCUGGAUCUCUUGACGUUCGAAGAUUUAGAAAUGUUGCGAGCCAGAAGAUCGGAAUCUUCAACACCAUCGACCAUGAGCAGUAAAGGAAGCAAUCGUAGAUAUCUUAUUCUCACCUACAGCGUAGAAUUCGACAGAAUCCAUUAUCCGUUGCCCCUGGAGUACUGCGGAUUUCCGGAUCCGUCAAUCCUUCAGGCUACAAUUAGACGACUAACCGCUGAAAAUGAACGAUUGCGAACGACCGGAGUAAAUAAAGAUCUUCAGAAACGAGUUGACCAGCUUACUCUGGUGAAUCGGCAGCUUGUUGAAGAGAAUCGGGCUUUGAUGAAUGGCGACAAAGGCGCUCGGCGUUUAUUUAGCGCGAUAAAAACGCUCGAGAAUGACGUAGCAAAAGAGAGAGUCUCGUUUCGAACCCAAAUACAAAAGCUUCGCGUUGAAAACGCUAGUCUGGCUCUGAAGGUACGUCAACUGACGGAAUUGGCAAGCCGGAGACCAGGAGACGGAAGUCCAGCUCUAAGAAGACGUUCUACACCUCCACCGAGAUCGUCACAGAGCCGGCGAUCUAUGGCCCGAAAGGGUAGAAGUCGUUCUUCGUCUUUGACCAGGUGUUACAAGGCUCCGAGCUUAUCCCCAGGAAGUUCUGUCGAGUCGUUAAGAUCUCGGGAUUCGUCACGCCGCAGGACAGCAAAGCCCUUUCAUUUCAGGGCAAAAGAAAUCGAUUUCGGUAAAUUGGAAUCAAAAAUUCAAGCAGUGCAAAAAAUGCUCAAAGAAGGAAUAAACUUGAAUUGAAAGUUGAUCAAGAACGAAAUUUCCUCGAGCUGCCUCAAGCAGAUGAGUUAUAUACA